AAAUAAUUAAUACAUAAUCAUGGCCACGGACGAUUCAUGGAAAACGCAAAAUUUCCGGCAGAGCGUAAUCGCGAAAAUAGAUGAAGCUAUACAAGUAUCGGGGAUGCCUACAUCAAAGAACAGCAUUGAAAUGGAGAAUCAUGUCUUCCAAAAAGCGAAAUCUAAAGAAGAAUACUUGGGUUUUGUCGCCAGAUUAAUUCUUCAUGUUCGAGAAAUGAAUACCAAGAAAGGUGCGGCUGGUAAUGCACCAGGUAAUACUGGUACUAACAAUCAAGGUAUGCCCGAUCCAAUUGGUGCCCUUCAGACAUUAGCGCGUCAGGGCACGGGAAAUAAUCAAAUGAUGGGCAUGGGUGGUCCAGGUCCUAAUCAUCAGGGUAUAAUUCCACAACCAUCUGCAACUAAUCUUUUGCAAAACUUAAAUCAACGACCUGGACAACCAAUGAAUAUGGCUGGCAUGCAGAACAAGAUGCCAGGUAUGGGUAUGAUGCCGUCGCAAACUGGUGGUCCAAUGAAUCAUAUGGGCCCGAUCCAAACUAUGCAGAAUAAUCCCAUGUUAACACAAAUGAACCAGAUGGGACAAGGAAAUAUUCCUCAACAAAUGAAUCAAAUGGUGCCUGGGCAAAUGGGCCAAUUAGCGGCUGGACAAAUGCAACAAAAUAUGCAGUCUCAGAUGCAGAAUCAGUUACCAGGUCAAAUGAAUAAUCAAAUUACGGGACCAAUCGGCAAUAUACAGACUAACAUGCCACAACAAAUGAAUCAAAUUGGUCCUGGACAAUUAGGUCCCGGUCAAAUGCAGCAACAGUUAAAUCAUAUUCAAAGAAAGCCGGGUGAAAUGAUGAACACUGGAUUUCCUGGUCCUCGUAACGUUACGCCUAAUCAAUUCUUGAGGCAGAGUCCGUCUCCUUCAGCUCCAAGUCCAGCUGGUUUAGGAGCACCAUCAAGCAAUCAGAUGGUAGCUUCGCCUGCUCUAGUGCCCUCACCAAGUCCCCAACAUGCCAUCAUGACAGGACCAUCACGUUCUGUGAACUCUGUAGGUAUGGCACCAUCUCCGAGUAGUUCAUUAAAUACUCCUGGGGGAGUAGGCGCUACACCAAGUCCUCAGCAAGAAGAUCAAGCUUAUAGAGACAAAGUUAGACAAUUGAGCAAAUACAUAGAGCCAUUGCGAAGAAUGAUUGCUAAGAUGAGUAGUGAAGGAAAUGUCGAUAAGCUUAGCAAGAUGAAAAAACUUUUGGAAAUUCUCUCGAAUCCUAGCAAACGUAUGCCAUUAGAUACAUUGAUAAAAUGUGAAGUUGUCUUGGAAAAGUUGGAUUUCAAGAGAGGAGACAGCAGUGUAGGACCACCAGUAACGACAUUAAAGGAGCAUCAAAUUUUCAGUCCAUUGUUGGAAGCCGUAAGCGCACAUCUCCAAAGUCCAGUAAUCAAUCAUACUCUGCAACGCACUUUUGGACCUUGUUUGGAUGCCUUGUUUGGGCCAGAAAUAAAAAAUUUGCCACCACCUUUGAAGAAGCAGAAGAUAGAGGAAUCAUCCAGUGAAAUACCGGAUGUAUUACAGGGAGAAAUAGCUAGAUUGGACCAGCGGUUCAAAGUCAGUUUAGAUCCAGCGCAACAAAGUGGUUCAAAGUGCAUACAACUGAUAUGUUGGCUCGACGAUCGUCAUCUCCCAUGUGUUCCACCAAUCUCGGUUACAGUACCAGCAGAUUAUCCUUCGACACCACCUCGUUGUGUUAUGGCACCGCAUGAAUACGAUGCAACAACAUUCUUAUGUACAGUACAAAAAGCAUUGAAUGCCCGCAUUGAGAAACUUCCGCGUCGUUUCUCUCUUUCUCAAUUGUUGGACACAUGGGAGAUGAGUGUGCGACAAGCUAGCGCACCAAGGGAAACAUCUGUUACUGCCAGCACAGUCUUGAUGGGUUUACAAAUUGUAUAAAUAUUUGCUAAAAUUUAUAUAACUAAUAAUGUUUUUGAUUAUAGUGAGUUUGAACUAAUUCCAAAAUCGAUUACAUUGGAUAUGGAUAUCAUGAACUCAGUUUCGACUAAAAGCAAUAAAAGCAAUAAAAA